UAACGGGUGGUUUGUGUUUUAGGAAUUGAUGGCACUUGAAGAGCAUAUGGGAGAUGCAAGCACCGGAUUGAAGAAGAAAGUUAUUUCUACACUUCUGAAGCAGCACAAGUAUCAUCAAUCGAUCAACAUGAACGAUAGCAAUGACUCCUGCUGUAUAUGCUUGGAUACUUUUGGCGUCGGGGACAAUCUUGGACAACUUGACUGUGGCCAUGAAUUCCAUUAUGAUUGCAUCAGAAAGUGGCUGAGGGGCAAGAAUUGUUGUCCUAUUUGCAAAAGGACUGCUUUGACACCAUGAGAUAGUAGCUCAUGGUUCUCGUUG